UUUUCGAUGUAGUGUUCCAGGAUUCAUUGUUUGUGCACAACACCCAGUGCUCCAUGCAGAACGUGCCAAUGUAAACCUUUUAAGCAACAGCACUGAAUCCCAUCGCCAGGUACCAUCUUCAGAAACCAGGGCUCUCGGGGUCCCAAAGGCUGCCAAGGCUUGUGUUCCUUCAGCUGCUUGUCAGAGAGGAGGCUUCUGAAAUAUAUCAUACUUCUUUUUGUUUUUGAUCAGAGUUCAUUGGCAUGAUAGUGGCCAGUCUACACUGAGCACAUGGCAGUAUAUCUAGGGGUGAUUUUCCUGGGCAGCGCCCCAGUUGACCAGAGCAGCUUCUGAGGAAAAUACCGAAGAUGGACUGGAGGUUCAGAUCCCCAGGCGGAAGAGGGAAGGUUACCCCGCAGCAGUGAAAGCCAGGGUUAUCUUCAGUAUCUCAAGAGCCCUUUCUGCAGGGGUCAGACUUGUUCUGUGUGGCCCAGGUGACCAUGGGGCCACAUUCCAGUGGAGCGUCCUAAAAGUCAGUGGCAUGCAGAGGUAGAAUGCAUGGGGUGCAAACUCUGGAGCAUUGCUCUGUGAAGAGGAGGAUAUUAGGCAGGUCAUCAGGCCUGAUUCCAUUUAAAGUCUCUUCAAACUCUGAGGUUUUAGGAAUUUUAUCUUUUCUUGUUGACCCAGCGCCAUGAGUGUGUACAGCUUUGUCCUUCAGCAAAUGUUCCUUGAGUUUCCACCCUAGGUUAGGUCCUGGGCUGGGAGCUUAAUCCCUCAAGGACCACAGCAGCAGUGUGUCCUACUGGGGGAAAAUCACGAGCAGACACUUGGAAUACAGUGUGUGAUGUGCUAGGACAGGUUGAUAUGGGAGGAUAGAGGACAAGAAGCUAAUCCAGUCUGGGAAUUCAGGAAGACUCCCCAGCAGAGGUGACAUCUGAGCUUCAUCCUUGAGGGAAUCAGAAUUUUGGCAGGCGUGGGACCCAGAAAUCUGCACUUUUGACAAGCUCCCUGGUCCACCUGACCCCCGUGUCCACAGCUAAGAACGGAGUGAGUAGCAAGAGUCGAAAGAGAGUCAUGCCUGAGCCAGUGACAGAGCCCCCCGUGACGGACCCCAUUUACGAAGCUCUCUUGUACUGCAACAUUCCCAGCGUGGCUGAGCGCAGCAUGGAAGGUCACGCCCCGCAUCAUUUUAAGCUGGUCUCAGUGCAUGUGUUCAUUCGACACGGGGACAGGUACCCACUGUAUGUCAUUCCCAAAACGAAGCGACCAGAAAUUGACUGCACUCUGGUGGCUAACAGGAAACCGUAUCACCCUAAACUGGAAGCUUUCGUUAGUCACAUGUCGAAAGGAUCCGGAGCCUCUUUCGAAAGCCCCUUACACUCCCUGCCUCUUUACCCCAAUCACCCACUGUGUGAGAUGGGAGAGCUCACGCAGACAGGAGUCGUGCAGCAUUUGCAGAAUGGCCAGCUGCUGAGGGACAUCUAUCUAAAGAAACACAAACUCCUACCGAGUGACUGGUCCACAGACCAGCUUUACUUGGAGACCACUGGGAAAAGCCGGACCCUACAAAGUGGGCUGGCCUUGCUUUAUGGCUUUCUCCCCGAUUUUGACUGGAAGAAGAUUCAUUUUAGGCACCAGCCGAGCGCUCUGUUCUGCUCUGGAAACUGCUAUUGCCCCGUGAGAAACCAGUAUCUGGAAAAGGAGCAGCGUCGGCAGUACCUCUUACGUUUGAAAAACAGCCAGCUGGAGAGGACCUAUGAGGACAUGGCCAGGAUCGUGGACGUCCCCACCAAGCAGCUUCGAGCUGCCAACCCCAUAGACUCCAUGCUCUGCCGCUUCUGCCAUAAUGUCAGCUUCCCAUGCACUAGGAAUGGUUGUAUUGACAUGGAGCACUUCAAGGUGAUCAAGACACAUCAGAUAGAAGAUGAGAGAGAGAGGCGGGAGAAGAAGCUUUAUCUGAGCUAUGCGCUCCUGGGCGCCCACCCCAUCCUCAACCAGACCAUCAGCCGGAUGCAGCGCGCCGCGAAGGGCAGGAGAGAGGAGGUCUUUGCCCUCUACUCUGCUCACGAUGUCACUCUGUCACCAGUUCUCAGUGCCUUGGGCCUUAUGGAAGCCAGAUUCCCAAGGUUUGCAGCCAGGUUGAUCUUGGAGCUCUGGCAAGACAGAGAAAAGCCCAGUGAGCAUUCUGUCCGGAUUCUUUACAAUGGCGUCGAUGUCACAUUCCACACCUCUUUUUGCCAGGACCACCACAAGCAUUCUUCCAAGCCUAUGUGCCCCCUCGAAAACUUAGUCCGAUUUGUCAAAAGGGACAUGUUUGUGGCCCUGGGGAGUAGCGGUAGUACCAAUUAUUAUGAUGCAUGUCACAGGGAAGGAUUCUAAAAGGAAGGCAGUGCGGUGCCGAUAGAAUCUAUGUGAAUACAGACGGAUGGGAAGGGUGCACUUCUAGUUCUAUCCAUUGCCAAGGGUAUAAGAUUUUUGAUUUAUAAAGGCUAGAAAUCAUGUUGGAGCCACAUAGAUGGUUGGGUUGAACAGGAAGUACACUGUUAUAGUCAAGUACGUGAGUUACUUGGUACAUCACAGCCAGUUCACAGAGAGAGGAAGGUACUUUCAUCAUAGCCCGACUUUGCUUAUGAUGCCAGAAGAAUAUUUCAAUACCCAGAGUUGCCAAUCCACAUGUGUAUUAUUUCGAUCUGACUAUAUGAUGGAACCAGCAAACCUCAGCCAAAAUAUUCUUCAAAUGGGACCAUUUUGCCUUGUCCCUGUUCAGCAAAACAUUUCCUGCAGUGAUUUAUCUAAAAUAGGGGUUGACACAUUUUUUCUGUACGGGGCCAGACAGUAAAGGUUUUAGACUCGGGGGACCCAGAGGCCACAUACAGUCAUGUGGCACGAAAGCAACCAUAGACAGACAACGUGAACAAAUGAACGUGUGGCUGUGUUCACGGCCCGGGGUUGCUGACCCCCGAUCUCAAAAACACAGGCUCUACCACAUUUGCACUUUCAGCACUUUGAGAACCAGUUGAAUACAAAGAAUUAUUCAGUGGUGCCUCCAGGAACUUCUGCGAGAAACACCGAAUUUGGUCUGUCGCUGGUGUUACAACAAAACUUGAGGGGAAAUAAACAUCAAAUCAGAAUGAAUCAUAGAAAAAUCAUUAGGAUAAUACUUGAUGUUCAUGAUGAUUAUGGUAGAAGAUAGUUUUAAGUAUGUUUUAAAUAUUUGUCUGCUGUAGUCUAUUUGCUGUAUAGGCUGAAAUUUUUGUAUUCCAUUUAGUAUUUUUAUAGUCUAGGAAAGUAUUUUCUAAGACUGGUUUUAGAUGUGCUCUUAUUCGUAGGUAAUAUUCAAUUUACCGUACCUGCUUGGUGGUUAGAAGGAAGCCAGAAGCUGAAUUCAGGCAUUUUCUUCCAAUAAAACUAAUUAUGGCUCAUUCCCUUUGACAAGCCAUAGAAUUGGAUCAAUUUUUAAACCGUUUUCAUCAAUUUCAAAUGGUAAAUUCUAAUUGAUUUUUAAAUAAGUUUUUGGAAGAACUUUGUUACUAGAUAGUCGAAAAAUCUUUAUAAGAUAUUUUAUAUAUUAGAAGCGAUUGUAAUUAAAUCUGUGGUUUCUGAACUACAAUGGUGCUAGUUCCAUGUGAAGAAACGUAAAGUGCAAGUGAGAAUCUCCAGUGUUGUUGGCAUUCCAAACUUUUCUUUGUUUUUGUCUAAUGUUGCCUUUGGAUACGUCUGUUUCUAUAAAUAAAUUUUUGAAGAAUACUCAUA